AUGGCUUCGUUUCCUGUCUUGAAGCAAGAGACGUUGUUCCGGAACGGUACCUGGAGCUACCGAAUUCCAGCCCUGCUCUACCUGCCGCGUUUCAGCAUCAUCCUGGCAUUCGCUGAGGAACGUGAGGAUGUGGUAGAUGAACAUGCCAAGCUAAUAGCGAUGCGCAGAGGCAUGUAUGACCCAACCACGCACCACGUUCAGUGGAAUAGCAUGGAGACCAUUGUCAGUGCGCAGCUGAAAGACCAUCGAUCUAUGAACCCCUGUCCCGUUUACGAUGAGGUCUCGGGGAAACUGAUCCUGUUCUUCAUAGCUGUCCCAGGAAAGAUCUCUGAGCAGCAUCAGCUCAGGACAAAGAUCAACCUGGUACGUCUCUGCUACGUCACUAGCAUGGACCAAGGACGCACCUGGAGCACUGCCCAGGAUGUCACCGAUGGUACCAUUAGCACAGAGUAUAAGAACUGGGCCACUUUUGCAGUAGGGCCGGGUCAUGGAUUACAAUUGCUCAACGAGGCCCGGAGCCUUGUGAUUCCUGCCUAUGCCUAUCGUAUCUUGGACCCUAAGCAACACCCCACCCCUCACGCCUUCUGCUUCAUCAGCUCUGACCAUGGGACAACGUGGGAGAUGGGGAACUUUGUGGGGGAGGAGAGUGCGGUGGAGUGCCAGGUAGCGGAGGUGCACACCUGCGGCAGGAAGGUCCUCUACUGCAAUGCGAGGAGCAGCAGGGGAGCCAGAAUCCAGGCUGUCAGCUACAACCAUGGGGUGGACUUUGAGGGAGGCCAGCGGGUUGAAAUGCUUGUAGAACCUCCCUCUGGAUGUCAUGGAAGUGUUACUGCCUUCCCUCCUCCUCGUGACGCCAGGUGCCAAGAUAGCUGGUUGCUCUACACUCAUCCUACAGACCCAAAGGGCCGAAGAGAUUUAGGAAUUUACCUCAACAAAAGCCCUUUAAAUCCUGCACACUGGACAAAACCAAGCAUCCUCUUCAAGGGCCUGUGUGCUUACUCGGAUCUGCAGUACAUGGGGGUUGGGCCAGAUGGCUCACCCUUGUUCUCCUGCCUCUUUGAAUAUGGGACCCACCAACAAUGUGAAGAGAUGAUCUUUGUAAUGUUCACUUUGAAGCAAGCCUUUCCAUUAGAGUGCUGA